AAUAAAGCUGACCUGGCCUCCUCUUCAAACGCCGCCUGUGCCGAGUGAGUCCAGUUUGUGUCGGUGUGACUCAGGAACUUCACUCUCGCUGCCGAUGCCACGACGGCUUAUUUUUGGAGACAGUAGGAGGAUAUUUUAAGAGUCGACUGGUGAAUCGGUGUCUCGUCGCCGGCCACAGCCGCCAUAAUGAGUUUCUUCCUUGUGCCUCCAACGCCGCAUUUCCACCGUGUCCAACUGGAUUCCUUAUAAGGAAGGUCGUGGUCGGGUUGGAUGAGUGAGGACAGAGUUUCCUUCACACAGGGAGGAUCCCGUCUUUUCACCCCCCCGACCUCUUCCUCUCUCACUGGAAACACUUUUCUACACAUCUGCUCUAACUCUGCCGUCUGGGUUUCUUUUUUCACAAUGAUUUAUUUAUCAGCUCUGCAGCUGUCGUCCAAGCCGCCAUUUUUUCUCGAGCUUUCUCUCAAGAGGAAGUUGAUUCCCGUCUUUUCCUGUUAAAGACGAUUUGUUACUCAGGAGAGUUUUUUAGGUUUGAAUUUCGUCUUUUAGUUUUUUCCAUUGCACUUUUUUUUGGUUAAUUAAACUGUUGGAUUUAAUUCAGUCUGUUUUUCUACCUCUUUGUCUCCUCCUCUUUCUGAUGCUGCUCUUUGUCGUUUUCUCUCUGGGCGCAAACUGAGAACACACAACCUCUGAGUUUCAUUUUGUCUGCAGCUGGACGGCACAGCUCGCUCUCAGUUGUGUACUUUUUAUAUGUGGUCAACCUUUUUUGUGACGGACAUGGAGGGCGUUGCACAAGGAGGAGCGGCCCAGGGCGCGGGGGGGAUGGCCAGUCUGAUGAGCGGACGCAGCACGUUCGGGGGGAACAAGCGCCGCAGGACAACGUCAGCGGGACACAGCCUGAGCGAGGCCCAGGAAGGAAAGAUCAAGUUGGCGUUCUUCGUGGCCAUCGUGGGCAUCGUCCUCACGGUGCUCGGCGUGGGGACAGAGUUCUGGGUGGAGCUGUCGGCCCCGAAGAGUUUUUAUAACAAUCAGACGUGUCUGACGGCCCACUACGGCCUGUGGAAGGGCUGCACCAAGACGCUGUGGGUGGCCGACAUCGACCCAGAGAGGGAGAGCUGCGGCCCUGCUGAGCUGCACGGAGAAUCCAACUGCACCUACUUCAAGUUUUUCACCACCGGAGAAAACGCUGUGAUGUUCCAGAAGACGACGCAGAAGAAUCUGAACGUGGCGGCGGCCAUGUUGGUUAUGUUCAGCCUGUUCCUCAUGGUGAUGGGCGCCGUCUGCAUCAUCAUGGCCCUGAGUAAAGAUAUCCUCUUCUUCUUGAAGCCGGCGUCCGUCUGCUUCAUCCUGUCAGGCGCCCUGGUGCUCCUCUCCCUCAUGGUCUUCCACCAGUCGGUCCUCGCUCUCCUGGCCAGCGACCACACGGUCCCUCUCCACCACGAGCUCUCCUGGUCGGUGUCGUGCAUCGGCUGCGCGGGCGGCGUCCUCAUCGUGGGCGGCGUCCUCUUCCUGCUGCUGGCGCUGCCCUACAGCCCCUGGCAGAGGUGCCUCCCUCAGAAGGACAGCAGCAGCUAGUGGCCCGGAGGUGGUGUUGCACUUUAGGUUUCCCAAAGACGUCUCAGCAAACGGAGAUUACCUCGUCUGAAUAUGUGAAGGAGUCACGAGUAGCAGUUUUAAUAAACUUAAGAAACCUUCUGCUCGCUUUCGCACAACUAAAUUAUUAUUUAACGAAGGACAUCCUGUGUUUUGUUGCUAUGAAGGUGAUCAUCUGUAAACUUUACUGGUAAAACUCAACUCGACGUCUUGUUGAAUGUCACGUAUUCAGCAAGUUAGCUUCAGUUUUAUCAGCUGGUGUAAUCUCUGUGCUGGGACAUGUUUGGGAAACGGUCCUGAAUUGUCUUACUAAUCGUCCUUCAGGGUUUGGAGGUCAUUUACUGCUCGUUCAAUAAAAUCCACAAAGUCCUAACAGCUCUUUGAUAUGAGCUCAGUGUCAAACGUCACCUGAAGAAACUUUAAGAAGCAACACUAAGUAACUUUCAGUAACUUUUCAGUGAGCAACAGCAUCAAUUCUUCAUGUUUUAACAGUUUCCUGCUGAAUAUUGGAGAUAAAUUCUGGUUUUUAAUAACUUCUGAGUCUUUUUAACUGAUCUCAGUUCAGCUUCACUCUUCAGCUGCAGCUGGUUGUGACAGUU